AUGGCUGAUGGAGAUGAUGGCGAGGACCUGCUAGGUUUAGAUCUUAUGGAGUUAGAGGAUAGACAACCUCAACUGAGGUCUCUUCAGGUCUUGGGACGGCGUAGCAGCUCGAGGUCAUCACGGACUAAGAAGCUUGGUACGAAACGUAGUGCCCCUUUGGGCAUUAACAGGAAGUUCGAGAUCCUUCGUAGGGGAUCUCCAAGCAAACGAUCAACGGCCACAGUCUCACAUGUAGCUGAGGGUGGUGAAAAGCCACGACGUCAUCGUGAUGACAAAGAGAAGGCGUCAAAACAUGAUGAAAGACGUGAUCAAGUUUGGGAACGUCUUACGCGUUUCUCAACAACAAGAUCUGGACCUUGGUUUAUGAUAGGGGAUUUCAAUGAAAUUACGGGUCAUGAUGAAAAAGUAGGAGGAAGACAACGGGCUGAUAGUUCUUACCUGCCUUUUAAGCAGAUGCUUAGUGAUUGUGGAAUGCUAGAGUUCCCUUUCGCGGGAGACAUGCUUUCAUGGGUAGGUAAAAGAACAGGUGGAAUGACCGUUAGAUGUCGCUUAGACAGGGCAGUAGGAAAUGCAGAUUGGCAUGAGAAGUUUCCUCACUCGAGUGUCAAGUAUAUGAGAUUGUGGGGAUCGGAUCAUCGUCCGAUUCUCGCAGAUAUACUCGUAAAACCAAUGAGGAGAUCAAAAAAAUUUAAGUUUGAUAAAAGAUGGCUAGACAACGAGGAGCUAAGGCAGGUCAUCCUGGAGGGAUGGAAAUCUCCUGAUUUACCUCCAGAAGCGACUAUUAUGGAACAUAUCUCUAGCUGUCGAAAAGCUUUGGGGGAAUGGAGGAGGCAGCAUAAUGUCAACUCUGCGAGACUGGUGGAGGAAUUGAAAGAGAAAGUGGAGGGCAUGUAUGCGGAUGACAAUGCUACCACUGAAGAAAUUGCCUCAGCAUUGAAGGACCUCUCUAAUGCUCUUAAAGCAGAAGAAAUGUUCUGGAAACAGAAGAGUCGAGUGUUCUGGCUAAGAGAGGGGGAUAGAAAUACAAAGUUUUUUCAUGCACUAACAAAACAGAGAAGAGCCAGGAAUAAAAUUACGCAGCUCCAAGAUGUGAAUGGAAAUAUAGUUGAGGAUGAAGAGGGUUUAGUAGCCGUUGCUACUAGUUAUUUUAGACAGAUCUUUGAAUCGUCUAACCCUGAGGACAUUGAAGAGGCGUUAGCUCAAGUUCCUACGACAAUCACUGGGGCAAUAAAUGAAAACCUUACAGUUCCGGUAACGGAAUGGGAGGUCAAAUUGGCUCUUUUUGCUAUGCAUCCAGAGAAGGCUCCAGGACCAGAUGGGAUGACUGCGCUAUUCUAUCAGAAAUUCUGGGAUAUUGUAAAGGAUGAUUUAACUCUUAUGGUUAAUAACUUCCUUAUCGAGGGAACGGUGGUGAAUGGAUUAAAUGAUACAAAUAUAUGUCUCAUCCCGAAGACGGCCAAGCCUAAUGAUAUGGCUCAAUUCCGACCAAUAAGCUUGUGUAUUGUAAGCUAUAAAAUAAUUUCGAAGGUCUUAUGCCAGAGAUUAAAGAAAGUGCUACCAGGCUUGAUUUCAGAGACCCAGUCAGCCUUUGUUGCUGGAAGACAGAUUUCAGACAAUAUUAUGAUUGCCCAAGAAGUGUUUCACGCGCUGAGGACUAAACCAAGUGGUCGCAGUAAAAGGAUGGCUAUUAAGACGGACAUGAGCAAAGCAUAUGACAGAAUGGAGUGGUCAUUCAUUGAAGCCGUCAUGCGCAAAAUGGGAUUCUCAGAGACGUGGAUAACCUGGAUAAUGCGAUGCAUUACGUCGGUAAAAUAUAAGGUGCUUAUGAAUGGUCAACCAAGAGGAAAUAUCGUUCCUGGUAGAGGUUUAAGACAAGGAGAUCCUUUGCAAGAGAUCAAAGAUGCAAUGGGUAUACAAAACGAAGGAGGGAUGGGAACCUACUUAGGUAUCCCGGAAGAUAUAAGUGGAUCCAAGUGCAAAUUGUUUGCAUUCCUCAAGGACAAGUUAAUGCACAGGGUAAAUGGAUGGACGGGUAGGUGGCUUUCAAAAGGUGGGAAGGAAGUUCUGAUAAAAUCUAUUCUGCUAGCUCUUCCGACUUAUGUCAUGUCUACUUUCCUGCUCCCUUUAGAGAUAUGUGAAAACCUAGCUAGUGCCAUCGCACGGUUCUGGUGGAGUUCAAAUCCACCAAAGAGAGGAAUUCACUGGGCGAAAUGGGAAAAAGUUUGCCUACCAAGGGAGGAAGGAGGGAUUGGGUUUCGUAUGAUCCAUGAGUUCAAUCUGGCAUUGUUGGCAAAACAACUAUGGAGGUUGGUUCAAUUCCCAGACUCAUUGGUCGCUCGGGUGUUGAAGGGGAGAUACUACAAAUUAACCUCGCCGCUGAGAGUAAACUCGGCUAGCUGCCCAUCUUAUGUGUGGACUAGCAUUUCUGCUGCAAGGAAGUUGUUAUUGCUGGGAAUCAGACAGAAGAUACACUCAGGUUAUGAAGUAAAGGUAUGGGAGGAUCCGUGGAUCCCAACGAUCCCAGCGAGGCCGGCUGUCCCUGUGGCACCAGUAAUGCAUCCUAACAUGAGAGUAAGCGAUCUCAUUGAUCAGAUAGGGAAGGAUUGGGAUGUUGGAUUAUUGGAGAAUUAUGUAAAUCCCGAGGACAUACCGCUUAUAAGGAGUUUGGCCAUCAGUUCAUCUCACCGGCGCGAUACUUUUUGUUGGAGCUACACAAGGAAUGGCCAAUACUCGGUUAAAUCUGGAUAUUGGGUGGCCCAGAAUUUAUUGAAGACGGCGGAAACACAUGAGAUAUUGGAACCGAGUAUUACCAAGCUUCAAGCUUUUGCUUGGAAGUUAAAAGCGCCUACGAAAAUAUGUCAUCUUAUUUGGCAGUUAUUGACUGGGCAUGUUGCAGUAACAAGGAAUUUAGCAAGACGUAAUAUGCGAUGUGAUAACUACUGCCCAAGAUGCGGAGAUUUGGAUGAAUCAGUCACACAUGCUAUCUUUGAAUGCCCGCCAGCGCUACAAGCUUGGACCUUAUCGAAAACCCCAACAAGCCCUGAGGUAUUUCCACUACCAAGUGUCUACGCCAAUAUGGACUACCUAUUCUGGAGAAAAAACUCUAUUAUUGAGCCGGAACAAGACAGAGAUCCUUUUCCCUGGAUAAUUUGGUAUAUCUGGAAAGCUAGGAAUGAUAAACUAUUCAAGGGGAUAGAUAGAGAUCCUUUGGAGUUAGUCCGCCAGAGAGUGAAUGUCAGGCCUGGUUUGCUGCGAACGAUGUGGCACAACCUAUGUGGACUUGGAUGGGUUUGGAUGGACAAUACGGGAAAUACUCAGCUCAUGGGGAUGAAGAACAUUCCUCGACGUGAAUCAGCCUUGCAUUCGGAAGUAGAAGCGCUACGGUGGGCAAUGGAGAAUGUGCUACAGCACUCAACAUGCCAGCGCUUUGGGACGGAUUGUAAGGAGCUGAUCGCAAUGUUAGAUGAUCCUCAUGCGUGGCCUAGCUUUGCGACGGAAUUGGAGAGGAUAGAGACGCUACAGAUAUGCUUCCCGGAGUUUAGCAUCACUCAUGCAAUUUCCCGAUAUUCAGUUGCAUGA